CUUUCCAGAAUAACAAACGUACAUGUAACUAGAGCAUGCUUGCUAUACUCUCAGUCCUUCAUGCAGCUAAGGCGGAACAGUUAACACUAUGGGCACUAGAAAGACGUUCUACGUGGGGACUCUCCCCGUCCUUCUGGCCCUGGUUUUGGGGUACUUCAGGCCCGAUCUGACUCAGGUUCUCUCUGGUAUCCACAGCAUCUGGACCGAUGGAGACGCCGGAGAUGCGACCCAGACGCCACCAAAGGGUCACAUGCAGAAGUUUGGACUUCACGUGGACAAGGAAAAGGAGCUGAUCGUGAUGGAUCAUUUCCCGAGUCCAGAAGAUUUUUACAGAGACCACAUGCGGCAGUCAGUCCCCCUCGUGGUCCGAGGGUCGCUGAAACACUGGCCGGCCGUGGAGAAAUGGAAGAAUGAAGAUUAUUUACGAGAGAAAUUUGGUCACGAAGAUUUUGUUGUUAUGUGGAAUAAUAUCACUGACCACAGACACAAGUCGGCCAUGAUGAUGAGUAUGAAUGAAUUUUUGGACCAGUACCGCGAUAAGCAUAUAUACCUGGAUGGCUUCGUGUCUCCGGCAAUGUCCAAAGAUCUGACUAUCCCAAAAUUCCUUGGUUGCGACGCCAUAAUUAAAAGGGCGACACAGUUUUCGCUGUUAUUCAACGCUGCCUGGUCUAGCACAUUCGUCCACGUAGACGGAACAGAAAACAUGUUUACUCAAAUCACGGGACAACGGCAGUGGAUCCUGAUACCGCCGACCCACGGGAAAUACCUGCACGUGGACGAUUUUAACUAUCACAGAGGGAUCUCUCCAGUUGAACCGGAAGCCGUGGACCUCAUCAAAUUCCCCAAUGUUUCCAAAGUCGACAUCUACAAUAUCACGCUGUAUGAGGGGGAUAUUAUCUACGUGCCCGAGGGGUGGUACCACCAAGUUCGCACCAUGGGCGGUCCACCUAACAUAGCUGUGACGAUCUUUAUGGACUACAUCAGUUGUAUGGAGAAAGGAUACCCCGUCGAUAAAACACAGGAAAUGUUAACAGAGAUGUGCAUUGCAAUGAGAGAGGCCACACCAAAAGAAAUUACCUGCCAAGAACGCAUGGAAGAUAUGCCAAUGCAAGAGUUCAUCGAAAAAUAUGGUUAUCUUAAUCCAAAAGUCUUGAAUUUGGUGCACGACUUCGAGACAGCAGACAGGCUUUAUAACUUCUUUUCGACCACACUCAAAAGUGGCUAUGCCAUGCCGUCACUUGGAUUUGGAUUGAGCGGCCAACCGGUUGAUAAGGCUAAACCAGCUGCUUCACACGCUCUGCGAAUGGGCUACAGACUCUUUGACACGGACCCAGAUGAUGAAUCCGAGGAGAUUCUAGGGACUAUUUUAGCUUCCACUCCAGAUGUCAAGCGAGAGGAUGUUUUUAUCGUCGUGAAAGUCCAUCCAAGAAAUUUAGGGAGAGAAAAAACUAUCGCUUCUGUUCAAAGAUCUCUAACUAGACUGAAAACCGACUACAUUGAUUUAGUACUGAUUAAAGCGCCCUCUUGUGAUGGUAUGAAAUUCAAGUGCGAAGCAAACGAUAACCGUGGCACUUGGAAGGAAUCUUGGGAAGCUUUGGAGGAACUGAACGAAGGUGGUAAAAUUCGGUCUCUAGGCGUGAGCAACUUUAAGAUGUCUGAGCUUCGAAGAUUGAUUGGUUUUGCUAAAGUUCCUCUCUCCGUUGUACAAAAUAAUUUCAACUUGCACAACAGGAAAACUAAACUGCGUCAGUUCUGCAAAGACAACGGCAUCACGUUCAUGGCGCAUGGGUUGAUGGGGGUUUUGGAAACUGAGAACGGUACACGAGAAAGCCCUCUAUUAAGCCACAAAAUGUUGGACCUUGCAGCUAGAAAAUACCGCACAACCCCUGGAACAAUAAUGAUACGAUGGGCUUUAAACCAGAAUGUGACGGUCACUCCAACGUCGACCAAUCUUAACCAUAUCGCAUUUAACAAGUAUGCGCCACAAUUGGAUGUUGGAGAAUCUCCAUGGGCCAUGAAAAUGCUGACUGAUUUCUUUCCCCAUGUCAACUAAGAAGAGAUUGUGAUGAUUAUCUAUGCAUUUCUAAAAAGCAUAAGGCCAAAUUAUCACUCCAUAGGAAAGAUCCCGUUUUAGUUCUUUCCCUAAUUGGCCAAUAAUUGCUAAAAUAUAUGUACUAUAUUCGAGUGGAAUAAGAAUACUUAUUUCUAAAGUCAGCCCCAUCUAUGGUUAUUAUUGCCAUCUAGGCAUAUUAUCAUAUUUCGACAUAUCCUUUCUAGCUUAUUUGAUCUUUGGACACACACCCAC